GCACCAUUAUCCAUCCAAAAUAAUUCGCCAUGGAUGAUCAGAUUGUCCCAGAAGGCCUAAACGAGUGGCAGCAAAUCGACUCACACUCACCAUUCUUCAUCACCACCGAUUGCUCAGAAUUCCCGCCUCUCGACCACGACCAGGGCUCCGGCUUCGGGAAUUUAGAGGCGAUGGAUUCGCUGUCGUCGUUAUCGGGGCUGGAAACGUCGUCGUGUGGUGAGGAGGGAGAGGAAGCGGCGGAGAUCGAGGAGGAGGAGGAGGAGCGGCGAUUGACGGCGCGAUUGGGAGUGUUUGGAUCGGAGUUCAUCCGAGCUGCUCGCGACCUCAAAAAUCACAUUCUCGCUUGCGUAACUGCUGGAUUGAAGACGAGGAAGAAUGGAAUCGCGAUUCUGAUGACGAUUGCCGCGAGUGGAACGGUGGUUUUGGUAUUGGCGUCGUUUUUGUAUGUGAAGAAGAUGCAGAGGAAGGCGGCGCCGCCGCAGCUUGAGAGUAGAGACAAAUUCGCGAUUCUCAAUGUCAUCAAGGAAAAAGAUGAGAGAAUUAAGCAGCUAUUGUUGCAAAUCAGUCAGAUGAAUGAGCUCUUACAAGCAACAAGGAAGGUUCCAGUUAUUCGAGUUGGUUAAUUGAUUGAUUAAAUUAUCAAUCAUCCUUGCUUAAAAACAUUAUAGCUAGUGUAAUUAAACAUAUAUACUUGAUUUUGUACAUCAUAUAUAUUUUUGUUUAUAUUGUUUAAAAGUGUAUGUAGUUUAAUCGACUUAUUUUUUACAAUAAAAAUGUAUUAAUUAUAUGCA